AUGGAAUACAAUGGUGGGAGUGUGGUCGCCAUGACAGGCAAGAACUGUGUGGCGAUCGCCUCGGACCUUCGUCUCGGCAACCAAGCGUUGCUUCUCUCGACGCAGUUUGACAAGGUCUUCAAGAUGACAGACCGGACAUAUGUGGGCCUGCCAGGCCUCGCGACCGAUGUGUCGACGCUGCACGAAAAGUUUCGGUACCGUCUGAACAUGUAUCGCAUGAAGGAAGACCGUGAUAUUGAGCCAGAGACGUUUGCUAAGCUGAUGAGCUCGACUUUGUAUGAGCGGCGAUUCGGACCCUACUUUAUCGAGCCUGUGGUGGCUGGCCUGAACUCAAGAAACGAGCCUUUCAUUGCUGCCUCAGAUUUGAUUGGGUGCCUGAACUUUGCCAAGGACUUUGUCGUGAGUGGCACGGCCAGUGAUCGCCUCUUUGGUAUGGCGGAAGGUUUGUGGGAGCCGGACUUGGAGCCAGAGGACCUGUUUGAGACCAUCUCACAGACCAUGCUGGGUGGUAUAGAGCGCGAUGCACUUUCGGGCAUGGGCGUCGUGGUGCGCAUCAUCACGUCUGACAAGGUCAUUGAGCGUACCCUCAAGUGCCGCCAAGACUAG